UCUUUCCUGCUUAAACGUCAAAAAAAAGAACUGAUCGUGUACGGAUAUACCCAUACUACUUUGCAUAAAAAUGGACACUGUGUCAGGUUACAUUCAUGAACAUGCGAAUGAGAUUCCUUUCAAGGCGCUAAAACCCGAUGAAAUGGAAGUUAGUGCAGCCGAGAAACGGCAAGUCAUGCAGCAGGUACUCGAACACGAUCACGGCUUAUUCUUAAGUCGUUGGGGUCGACAUCUUCCUCCGGGCAUUCUCGAAGCUUUUGAACCAUUCCGAGAGGAAGAUUAUGAAGUUGACUUCUAUUUGAAACAAUUAUUACCAACACCACAACAGCAACAUAUGCUACGAAGCAUAAUACAUAAUCGACGAUAUGAAUAUCUCAAAAGACAUUUACGCGGAUCAACCUAUUUCUCAGACGAGUCCAUGCAGCAGCAUGAUCCUGUACUCUAUGAGCACUUUAUCGGUCAGCAUAUGACCCAAGACGAAAAGGAUCGUCCGCACGAUCCUGAAGAAAACCUUGUUCAGCGGAUAUUGGGCAACAUGGAUCGAAGCAAAGCUCAAGAACAAGUCCAAAAGCAGAAAACUAUCGACGAGGAGCAAUUUGAAGAAGAAGAAGAGGAUAGUGACGACGACGAUGACGACGGGGACCGCAAGAUGACAGAGGCGAAUGAAACAGGAAAAGAACAAGAUAUAGAGGAGAUGAUGACAUUUCGGGAAGAGCAGCGGGAAGAACUUGUGCGAUUGUUGGAAGAGCGAUUCUUAGCGGGAAAAGAUACACAAUUUGACUACGCUAAAGUAGACCAAAAUGAAGCUUAUGACGAUAUGGCACAACAGGAGCAAGAUUUACAAGACCAAUAUUUCGAUGACGAAGAAUCAGAUUCUGCACCAGCAGGAUCAAUUCCACAACCAUCUGUGUAUACUGGAGAGCAGGAUUAUUGAACAUCAGUGGUUCGUUUACAAUAAACGUAAGAUUACACACCGCUCAUAACAGUUUCCGGUCCCACAGGCUUGCAUGGACGACAUCAUUAGAAUGGUUUCUAUUAAGUUCUGACGCAAGUACGGAAACUAGCAAAGGUCGUUUGAGUUCAGUUUUACCAUCUAAAACGUGUACAGGUGUAGAAUGUAAUAGAUAACUCUGU